AUGGAUGAUCACAACAAAAAAAUUUUGGAACCAAAACCAAACCUUGAGGAACUAUACCAAGGAAUCCCAGAUGAGUCUGUUAAUCUAACCUUUCAAGACUUACCAAAUGUUAAGAAAAACACCAUAGUUUCUCAAGGUAUACAAUCCCCUUCUCUUUCACCUAUGAAUAUGUCACCUAUUCGUGACUUCAAAAAAGGCUUCAAGGUUUAUUCCAAUGACAACUAUAAUCCUCAUCAAGAUUUGGGUCAUAGAGGUGUUGUUGGUCCUCAAAGUACUCCAAGUAAGGCAAGUGAGUAUAAUUUGCGCUAUGAUACUAUGAGUGGUGAGUCAAGUUCGACUUCCGGAAAAGGCGGUGUUGGUCGACGAAGACGACAGGGGAUUCCUCACUCUAAGAUUUGCACCAUUUGCAGUAACUAUGUUUAUUUUUUCAGGACAAGAUGUUUGGUAUGUGGCAGGGUUUAUUGCAAGCAGUGUGUGGAAAUAGGUAUGGGAGAUUUAAGAGAAGGAAGAAAGUGUGUUAAUUGCCUUGGACUGAGAUUCAGCCAAAGGUACAUAGAAAGAGCAGGGUUACUAGGAUGUUUGAAUUGGAGAUAUCCAAGUACAGUAAAGCAGACAGAACUCAAAUGGGCUGAGAAAGGACCAAGAAGAAAUGGUGACAAAGGCUAUGGUCAUCAUCAAUCAAGACCAACAACACCUACAACUCCAACAAGUCCUUUCUCUAUUGCUAGCAGUGAAGCCUCCUAUGCCAUGUCUGCAACUUAUUCUCCUUUCACUCCUCAUCAUCACCACCACCCUCUUUGA